AUGAAAGUUACUGGCAGAGGAAAAUCGUCAAAUGGUAACCCAGCUCUACAAGUUUCUCCAAGUUCCAUGACCACUGCUUUUGAUGAUACAGUUCAGGAAAUAAGUAUAAGAAAUAUGGCCAGGCAAGCGCGACAAAUUGAGAUCGGGGAUAGGGACAGAAACAAUUUUCAGACUCUGAAUGAUGAAAUUUCUGAUGAAACUGUAAAUGAAAUUUCGGAUGAAACAGACGCUGUCAAACGGCAUGGAGACGAGCAAGAAAAUAUUCUACCCAACCUUGGAGUCCAGAAAGUCCAGCAAGUAAAACCAACGGUCAUAAGGUCAGUGAAAGAAGCUAGGGAGUAUCUUUCUAAACAAGAUGACAAAACAAAGCUAAAUGGAGAGCCCCGUUUUGAACCCGUCCCUAGAAGUGAUGUUCUUGGAAGGCUACAAAGUGCUAAAGACUUUGGUAACAUUGGAAGCCAGGGAGUGUUCGUGGUCAACAAUGAUUUAGCUUCUGUGGUUCCAAAUGAAACAUCAGAUCCUCCGUCUACCGAAAAUGCUUUCGAAGAUUAUGAUCUGAAGGAUGACAAAUUUGAAGGUAUAAAGAGUGAUAAACCUGAUGAAACCAAGAAAAGACACUUCAUGGACAAUGAUCAAAAGCAACAGGUUUCUUUAGAUCAUGAAAGUAGUAACAGUGAUUCAAUGAUAGAACCAUCUGUUAAAUAUGAGAAGUGGAUGGAGGAAAACUUUAAUGAAUUUGAACCUAUAGCUAAGAAGAUUGGAGUUGGUUUUAGAGAUAAUUGCAUGGUUUCAAGAGGAAAAGCAGAUCAAGAGUCAAUUAUGAGUUCGGACAUGAGACAGCUUGGAUCUAACGAAGAAGAUGACAGCGAACUUGAAUGGAUGAAAGAUGAAAGUUUCAUCUUCUGGAAGUUGUUGUCUAACACACUAUAUUAAAUUUCCGGGAGGACCUGAGUUUCAAACCUCUAAUCCUUAUUCCCAAUAUAUUUGUCCGCCUUGAUUCUACGCUUUAUAUAGAUAUUUUUAUCAAUACUCAACCAGUAGUUAAUUCUCUUGUAUUUUCCAGUGCAUUGAGCUGUACACAGUUGAUAAUGAAGAACAAAGGAUUGGAUUUUAUUCAUUGGAGAUGGCUGCGGAUCUUGAAUUGAAACCAAAGCCAUACCAUGUGAUUGCUUUCGAGGACAGUAAUGAUUGCAAAAAUCUUGGUUAUAUCAUCCAGCCUCAAACGGAAACACUUGGGAAUGGCUAUGCCUUUGUUGUUGCCCAGCAACCUAAGAUGUUUUUCGGGAAGCCAAAACAAAUGGCUUCGGUGUAACUGUCAUUAGGAAAGGAGAGCUUCCGCUCAAUGUGGACCAAACUUUGGAAGAAGUAGAGGAACAGAUCAGUGAGAUCUACCAUGAUAGGAUCAUGCGGGAGCGCUCUAUGGAUAUAAGCUCGUUGAUAAAGGGUGUAUUUGCACGAUUUCCUUGUAUUCUGUUUUGAAGUGGUCACAUUUUUGUAUCCUGGCUGUCUUGAUGGCAGAAAAAGACCAACACAAACAAUGAAAAGUGCAAUUGGUUUCAGUGGCAAGCCCGCUAAGAA